AAAAAGGGGCCAAUAACACGAUGCAUAGCAACACAUGCAGCUCCUAUUUCUGUGACCGAGUUGGAAUAUUGGAUUAAUAUUUCGCAUUGAUUCCAUUCAUCUCAUUUCGUUGACAACAUCAUAUACUUUGAUCGUUCGUCGAAAUUUAGAGAAAAGAAUUAGCAUUGUUGUACAUGUUGCAAUAAAGAUGAACUAUUCAGGCUGACAAACUCCUGAACACGAAACCUGCAAAAAUGAAUUCCCUGACGGUGCGAUCCCCAGCACCCUUUCAGCUCCCCCAAAUCGAAGAACGCCCCCGAACAAGAACUUCAAAGAGUAGAAAAGGGCGGCUGCCUAUCCCAGAGACUGAUUCAGGGGCGUAUCGGGCCCAUUUUAGGAGAUGGUGGGAAGAUGAAGGUCGUGCAAAAUUAUACGAGAAGGAAGAUCCAAUGAUUGCCAUUGGUAAUCGAAUCACGGAGGUACAUGAGAUGAUAACACCAAGAAACACAAGAGAAAUUACCAUAAACAGGUUGCAGACUCCUCUUAGAAAUAAAGUCAGGGAGCUCUCCAUCAUGACCCCUGCUACAUUUCGACGGACCCGACGGCAAACAGUAGAGAAAAAGUUUGACGCCGCCCAUCAUUUCUUCAAUGCAAUAAAAUCAGUACUGAUUGUCGUCACAAUAUUCAGACGAAGAAGGAGGUAUGUUCAAAGAGGACCGAUCAGGGAUUCCCUGGAUUCAGAUAUAAGAUGUGAAGAUUACAACCAAGCUUGGUUCUCAAAUCAAGAUAAGGAGAACGCAGAUACGACUCCACAAAAGACAGUGAUUGGAUACGAUUAUCAGUGCGAUUUAAGAAUGCAACCCAAAUAUAGGACUCAUGAACAACUUGAAAGGAUCGCUCUGAAGAUUCGAACCAUAAAAACAUUCCAGAUGUUCCCAACUAAAAUUGAAGAGGAGCUUUGUCGUAGGAUAUCCUACGGGUGCUAUGACGAUGGACGGGUUCUAGCCUAUCAAGGGAGUAAUCCACGUCGCUUCUAUUACGUCAUCUCAGGACAAAUUGGUUUACUGCAUACAUACAAGUUACAGAGCGGAGAGGUUACGAAACCCGUUGGUGUUCACAAUAGUGGAUACAGCACUCCGCGAGAAGAAUUGGAGAAACGCACCCCACUCACCUCUCAUAUGGUAUGCAAGGGAAACGUCGAAGUCUUGCUUCUUGAACUCGAGGACUUCCUUUAUCUGAUAGAUCCUCCGGAUGACCCUCCAAUUGAUUUCUUGAGAGAACAGUCGAUGUUCCGAGAGUUUCCAGUUGAUGAGUUUCGUCAGUAUCCGGACUCCAUUCGGUCUCAGUACUAUCCACCAAACAAAGUGAUUUGUGAGGAUGCUAAUCACACCAAGUGGCUAUAUCUCGUUAUGUCGGGUGAAUGUUGUUAUCUACGCAAGCAGAACAUACCAAGCACAUCAAACCUCGAUACACAGCCCUUGGUAGGAGGGGGUCCUCUAGGCGAGAAUAAACGACAGAGGAGACCCUCUCAUGCAAACGAAAUGAUUGAGAUGAGUAUAGCAAGAUAUGUCGCAAAGCAGCGUUCAUCUGUGCCCUAUUUACCUGAGAUCCGAACAUCUAUUGCUGAAGACACAGUGCCCACGACUAAUAAUCCUCACGGUCAAUCUAUCGGAUUUCCGCCUAUUUCAAGAGAGGACACGAGAUCUCUAUCACCGCAUAGCUUAUCGUCACGGCGAGCCAGCAUGGUGGGCUACUCCCACGACCUUCCUGCCCUGGCUCGUCACAACGACAUCGUAGAAGAUCCUCUUCUUCCUGAUACCCGGUCGAGGUCGAGACAGCGUCGCAGCAGUAUGUUCCUUACUGAACGGAGCCGGACGGACGCCUCUCUAUCACGGGCUCAAACACGGCAACGCACCCAAACGUUCCCUUUUGGCGGCAGAGGGGCCCGGGGAAGGAUACAGAAGCGCGUUUUUCUUCAGCUCGGAAAGCUACAACCAGGAGACAUAUUCGGGUUAAAUGAAGUCGCAGGAACACUACGAGUGGAACCAUCAGGUGUUAGUGUGGUUAGUGGAGGGGCUGAGGUGAUCUCGAUUAGCAAACGGUUUUUCAGGCAGCAUGCUGGUGUGAUGACGCUGCUUAAACUUGAAAGCAUGCUGCAAGAAUUUGUUUCGGAGGAAGAUGCAAAAGACCUUUUGCGUGAGGAAAAUACAUGGAAGCGAUAUAAGGAGGCACUUGUCAGUAAAGUCGCGACGAAAAAAGCCGAAAGGAAUUCCAGAGGGAGGAGAGGGAUUCGAGUCAAACUCAACCCACUAGCGCAGACGUUAUGACGAAUGGCUGACGGAAAUAAGCGAGUGUGACCGGUUAUAAACAAAAUAUCAGGCAUUUGCUUUUACAAGAUAAAUGACUGUCGUCAAUCGAAACGAAUUACACAGAAUGCAAAAGGGAUGAAUGCUAAACGGAAAUUGCCGAGUAGAGACAAAAACUCACGAACAAAUUAUCCAAUGCGAUUAAAAGUUAUCAGAUAAGAAAACUAGAUCAAUAAAAAAGCCGUUUCGUGAAAACAGGAAAAACAAUAAGAAAAUUAAUUCUUGAAAAUUAUUAACGAAUCAUUGAUGUAAUGUAAUUCAUUUGCUGUAUUUGUUUCUUAAAGGGAAAUGAAACCUUUGGAACAAGUAGGCUUGUGUCGAAACAGAAAAAUCAAAGAAUAAGAACAAAGAAAGUUUGAGAAAAAUCGAACAGAUAUUUAGAAAGUUAUGAGCAUUUGAAUAUUGCAAUCACUAAUGCAAUGGAGAUCCUCCCAUUGGCAAUGCGACAAUGAUGUGUGAUGUCACGUGUGAACAACUUUCCCUUUGUUGGACUAUAAAAUACCCUCAAAGUGUCUCUUUUUGCUUUUUCUUAUGGUGAUACAAACUCUUUAUCCAUGAUGUAUUCUUUAAAAAUCUGCAUUACAUGCCCUCCUAUAGAAAGAACACAUGGUGUACUGAUAGAUGUAAUAAAAGUGGCAAUUUAAGUGAAAUAUAUACUACAGUUAUGGGGAGAGUUGUUCACAGGUGACAUCACACAUCUUUGUCGCAUUGCCAAUUUUAGGAUCGCCAUAGCAUUAGUGAUCGCAAUAUUCAAAUGCUCAUAACUUUCUAAUUAUUUGUCCGAUUUUUCUCAAACUUUCGUUGAUCUGUUUCUUUGAUUUUUCUGUUUUCACACAAGCUAUCUUGUUCUAAAGGUUUCAUUCUCCUUUAACUUACUCAGAAUUAUACCCUCCGCUUUUAUGUGGAUAAAACAUCGAUAUGCGAUGUUAAAGGCCCCGGCCUAUUUGAAUAUUGCAAAGGGGAAGAAUCCUUUGAGGGAAAUAAUCAUAGAUUGCAGACAAAUCAAGUAGUAUUGCAAUCUACUUACCAAAUUGCCAAUCUAAAAUUGGCAUAAUAGUCAUAGUGAUGUCAAAUAGCCAUAGUAUUCAUAUUACCUUUCUGAUUUCUGUUAACUUUCAUGAGUCCAUUUUCUUCUUUUCACGCUUUAAAAUAAUUUUAUUACCAAGGUUUGAUUUCCCCCUUUGAACGGUAUAAAAUGGUAUAUAAACUUACUAGGAUAAAUCCUAAAAAGUGGAAUAUAAGUUAUUAUUACCAAAACUAGGUAGUGUAUGUAAUGUGAAGAGGAUCUUAACUUCUUCCUACAGAAGAACAAAAUGACGAAUUGAGUCGGUAAUCGUUUUGUCCUACAAGUUUUAAAUAAAGAUUUUUACCCAGUUUAUGCAUGCUCAUUUAAUCAAUGAUGAGUAAAAAUAUUUUCGUAAUAAUUAUUAAUUGCUCUUGUGAACAUAUCUAUAACCUUUUAUAACAACGGAUUUUCAGAUUUGCUACGUAAUAAUAAGAUAUUAUUUCCUAUAAAGUUUUUCAUUAGUCAUUCAGAAUAUGUAAGUAUACGAUGUAUACCAAUAGAUAGACAAAUAUUAUCAAAGCUGUGUGAAAUAACACUUGGUAGUUAUAACGACGUUAUUUGUCUUAUUUUGCAACCUAAAUAACAUGAAAAAUGAUUGGGUACAUUUCUACGCAAGAUUUAUUAGCACAAUAUCGGUGAAGACGAUUUCGAAAUGUGACUGCAUUUUUUACAAGUAACAACUAUGAUAUAUCUUCAUUGCCCUUACAUCAAAAACGUGAUUUUCUUGCUUUUAAAUGACCCCCUAUAUUAGAUCGAAUGUCUCACAAGACAAUGUUGUUAUUUCCAUACGGAACAUUUUCACAUGAAGAUUUUGUCAAUUUCUUGAGGAAACCAUGACUAUUUAUUGAUUCAUUAUUUAUAUUUUCAGUUUUAUUCAAUAAGGGCGGCCUCGUCAGUUAACAAACUGCUGUCCUUGAGGGCCCUGAGAUAAAUAUCAAUAUGUACAGUAUUUACAAAGAAUGAAUACAUGAAUCAAAAUGGCAUACACUAAAACAACAGAUAUAUAAGAAACAUUUAAAAUGUUAAGAUAAAGGAAAAAGAAAAGGCAAUUGGAUACUGCUGAAUACGAUUUAACGGGAAAAGGAUAAAUGACUGGUAACAGAGUAAUGUUCAAUUGAUUGGUAAUAAUUUGAGUACAGAUUAUUACAUAUUGUCUGUCUGCAUUUUUAUGAUGCGUGGACAAACUGAUUAAUGCCUAGAGGCAAUGCUAUGAUAACUGUUCAAACCAAGACCCAUCUUUUCUUAUUCAGUUCACAAUCACUGAAUCAUAUUUCAAGAUCUCAUCAUUCACGCAAUACUGCCAUAUAUCAUGAUUCGUUUUAUGUAUCUAUUUCUUUAGAAUUGCCUUAAUCCCCAUUCCAUGCCUACCCCCACUACAAAAUAAGGUAAUUAUAUUUCUUUUUUUGUACUAGUUAUCUGUACGUUUAUGUCCCGUGUGCUCCGGGAAGAGGGUGGGGGUACUUCCAUUACACUGAAGUGAAUAUCAUGCUCGUACAAUGGCUUUAAAAUAGACCCUUGACAAUAUGCAUCCUUCGAUCUCAGAAUACCCUCAAAGAGUGUUUUGUCAUGUUUUCACCCACGCUUAACAAGCGGGGCGGGGGGGGGGGUGAUUUAAUACUCAAAUGUUUUAUUUGCUGCACAUCAAAAGUUGCCCACCUUGUAUUGGCAGCCCCCCCCCCCCCCAUCCCUUCUAUGGCUUAUUUGCGAAGCAACAGAAAGAGAUAAAUCUAUCUUGCGAUGAAUUGUUUUUAAUGUGUUUUACAUGCUAUUUUAAUUUUUACAUUGGAGGGUAUAGGCCUUUGGUUAAAAAAAAAUCUGUGGCAAUAUUUUUAACACAUAUUUAGACGGAUGUACAUUUCACUCGAUCUUGUAACAUAUAAGAUAAAUUUUACAAGAUUAGAAAUUUACAAGAUGAA